GCCGCUGGAGUCGGACGUACCACCUCCUCUCGACCCGACCUGAACCGCGCUGGCUGCCCACCCUCGGACCAUCGCAGCCAUCGACAACUGGCAUCGGAGGUUCAGAUCUCGAAGAUGAAUAAGCUAUCCAGCAUGCGUCACUGGCCCGAGAGGAUGAGUCCGGCCAACUUUAGCAUGUCACGGUCGAAUGUGGGCAUGCAGGCAGUCCUCAACACCCGUCGGGACCUCGCAACCCAGGGCCCGCCUCCGAUAGCCGCUCCGCCCGUCCCAGACGGCCCCAUCCACUACGCCUUCAACGUCCCCUUCGCCUCCGACCUCGCCGGGCCCAACACUGAGGACAUCCUGCACGCCACCACCGACGCCGUGCUCCGAUGGACACACCCCGAGGAGGCUCCUGACGAUGUCCCCGUCUACGAGCUGCCAGUGCACGCCAUGAACCUGGCCCAGCUGCGCCAGCUCUGCCACGAGAUUACGGCGAAUGCGUUGCCCAUCGAGGCCCACGUCAUCUCGACCACCCCAAAGAACCUGAACCGGCAGGUCACCACCGUGUGUCUGUCGGGUGCUCCGGACCUGGUCCAACAGACGAGGGAGACCAUCCUGAACACGACGCCCCUCUCAUUGCGCUGCACAACGGUUGUCGUCGACGGCAACCUUGUUGCCAACCUCUCCCAAGGCGUCCUGAAGAAGUCGGUGACAGACUUCCUGGACGAGACCUCGGCUUUUUGCGGCGUCGACAUCUUUCUGCUUGGUCCCAAACUCUCCCCCUUGACCGGGGGCUUGAACGGCGACGUAGACUUGCCGAGGGACCAGCGCUGGCGAGUAGCCAUCUAUGGCGACUAUCUUUCGUCCGAGCACGCCAAGACCCGCGUGCUCAUUCACAUUGACCAGCUCCUCGGGCGUAUUGUUGAUGCCACCGUCUUCGAGCCUUCGAUGCAUCAGCUUUUGUGCGGGCGUAACCGCAAGAACAUCAAGCUCAUCGAAUCCGUGACCAACACGGCCAUCUACUUUCCCCCGCCGUUUUCUGCCUGCUAUCGCUAUUGCCCACCCAAUGCUCAGCGUCGGGAUCCCUCUAAAGUGUUGAUUACUGGCGAGAAUCCCCAGGAUAUCGAGCAGGCCAAGUUUCGGAUCCAUGAGCUCCUUACACGUACCAGGCUUUUUGUCAAGGACGUGACCAUCUCCCCUCCCAAGAUCGAUAGCAUCCUGCUCAGCCGCAUGGACAAGGUGCGCAAGAUCACCGAGGCCAACGGCGCCUUCGUCAUGUUUCCCUCGCUAGGGUCGCGAAAGGGUUUGGUGCGCGUCCAGGCUGUUGAAAACCUGCAUGUUGAACGUUCGCUCCGCGAGAUCAUGUCACUGGCCGGGCAGUUCUACACCGCGUCUUGGAUCUUCUUGCAGCCGGACCCUCGGCAACCCAGCAACCAGGAUAUCCACGCAAUGCUCGGUGACAUCUGCGCCAAUUCGGACGCCGAGGUCUCGUUUGACCGGCAGUCCUUCUCCAUCACGGGCUCCGACGAGUCCGUCAAGGCUGCACUCAUGGUCAUCUCGAAGAUCAAGUUUGCCACCCACACCCCGUACCAGAUUCGCGUGCGCAUCGAGCUUGCCAACGAGCACAAGGAGUUUGUGAGCGGCAAGAAGAACGGCAAGAUCAACAAGAUCAUGGGCAACAGCAAUGUGCAGAUCAUGUUCGACAACUUUGGCGAAUACAACUUCAACAUUGAGGUCAUCGCCCAAGCCUACGAUUCUCUCAAGCAGGGUCUGAGCCUGGUCGAGCAGGAGAUGCCGGCGUCCAUUUCAUUCCACGUCCCCGAUCAGUACCACAAGCGCAUCAUCGGCAUUGGCGGACAGCACAUUCAACGCAUCAUGAAGAAGCACUCCGUCUUUGUCAAGUUCUCCAACGCCAUGGAUCGUGGUGGAAUGGGCCGUGAGGACGAUGACAGCCGUGUUGACAACGUCAUCUGCCGCACCCCAGCCCGCAAUGCCCAGAAUCUCGAGCUCGUGAAGAGCGAGAUUCUGGAAAUGGUCGACCGCGCCGACUCCGAGUUCACCUCCCAGGUUGUUAGCGUCGAUCGUUUGUACCACCGUCAGCUGCUCACUCGACUGCCGGAGAUUGAGGAGCUAGAACGGACAUGGAACUGCAAGAUCGUCUUCCCGAGCACUGAACAGGCUAGCGACGAGAUAACCGUCACUGGUCCUCAGUGGCUUGUGCCCAAGUGCAUUGACGAGUUCUUGGGUAUGGUUCCGGACAAGCACGAGGUGGUCCUCGAGCGAUCCGCACCCCUGAUUAAGUACCUAGAGUCGCCCGAUUUCGUCCAGAACAUCCUUCCGAAACUCAAGACUCAGUACGAAGUCGAGCUCACCGUGCACGAUAAAUCGGAAGAACGUACCGAAGACGGCUCGCCUACUGUUACCCUCCUCUGGACCUUCACCCGCAACAACGCCGGUGGUCUCCGCGAUGCUAUGGAUUUCCUCCAGACUCAAUUCACUACGGCGGGCGUUGAGCCCGUUAUCAUCAGGGGAGCCAUCCCGCGGCCCAAGUCCGACACUUUUGAGGAGUCUCUGCCAUACUUCAACUCCAAGCUACUCCAGCACGCACCGGCUCCGGUUGCUACCGACUCCCCGACGCGACCCUCUUUUGGCGAAGAGGUCGCACGGGAGCGUAGCAUCCUCGCCUGUCUCCGCAAGCCGGGCAGCAUGUCGUCCAUCUCCUCAUUCCUGGACCGCAGAAAGAACAGCUCGCAAUCGGCAACCAACUUCUUCAAGGGUUCCAGCAACGUGUCCAAGUCGUCGCUCAUCUCGAUUGAGUCGACUCGCAGCUUCAACGCCGACCGCAACCCUUGGAAUGACAGCGGCGUCAACCUGCCCGACGAGGAAAGCAACCCUUGGGCCCCUGCCCCGACCUACGUCAACGGCGUUGACAAACUUACGGUUCCGCAGCCCGGCGAUAUCACGCCGCGCCAUCACCCCCGGCAGUCUGCCGACAGCGGACGCCCUUCCACGUCUCAUUCAACCAAUUCAGGAUACCCCGGCCCUCUCGCGGGGCCUUUUCGUUAGAUUCCCAUGCUUCUUCGGGCUUUGCAAGGUUUUAGACACGGGAUCAUUUUUUACGUCGAGUUGCGAGGAAAAGAGAAAUACCCCUACGGCUGGAUAUACCCCUGGCGCAAAAUACCCCGGUAGUUGCUCUCUGCAUUUGGUCGGUUUCCGUUGAUUUCUUCAUGUUCUUUGUGUUUUUGC